AUGUCGUGGGCAUUGCGACAGGCACUCACCGAUCUCCUCGCGUCACCCCACCUCGUGGAUCUCACCAUCGACGGAUGGAGAUUUCCAAUGCAUCUCAGCAAAUACUACAACCUCAUUUUCGCCUCGCCAUCGCUCAGACGGGUCAAACUGAGAAGGGCUUUUCUCGACAUCUAUAAACAUGAGGAUGAAGAUUUGAAGGUUCCUCCUGCCGACCUCGAAUACUUCGAACUGGACGUUGACUGGGAUGUAUAUGGCCCCGAUUAUCCUCCUUUCCCUCCGUUCCCCAUCAUCUCAUCAAAAGGUCUAAGAUUGCGCUACACAGUUAAACUUUCAUUCCAAGAAGAAGCGGUCCAGGUUUACCUCUUUCGAAGGAUCGAGCAGCAGUUAAUCCACUCGUUCGUACCGACAGUUAACCACUUGGAAUUGGACGUUAGAGACAUCUACAGCUGGAACUUGGAACACUUCACGAAUCUCGAAAGCCUGGUCAUCCGAAAAGACCCAGACACCCUAUUACAGGCCUAUCCUCGGUGGAUGGUUGACACCAUAAGGACCCUGAAGCGCAAAAAUAAGUUACAAGCCCUCGAGUUGACACUCACUUUGAUGGACCACGAAGGAACCCAACUAUGGAUACAGCUCCUCGAGAGUUUCGUUGGCGGAGAGUUCCCUGCAUUAAAAACAUUACAUCUGCAACUUGCCGUCUCGGACGCUUGGGACGAUUCAGUGCUCCGAUUAGACCUGUUGGAGGCAGUCGGUAUCAACUGUACAUAUACUAUUUGUCUUGAGAAAAAUAUCAACCACAUGCCGCAAUAG